AUGCUUAAAGUGUCCAAAGGGCUCACCAAUAGCUCCCGAAUUUAUGGGGCAACUGUACGCAAUUUAAAACGUACACAGUCGUCGUUCGUUUCUUCAAAAAAUGAACGCCGUGGCUCCUUCGAGCCAAUGGUUCACGGACCAAUCAUGACCAACGCGGCCGGCCUGCGGCAUGAUUUCUCCCGGGACGAAUUGCUGCUGCUGGAGCAAGGCAUCAAGAAGUCAGACGAACUAGCUUCUCAGUUCACUAACUAUCGUUACAAAUUCAAGAAACUGCCGCCAGACUACGGUGCUAAUCAACUCCUUACAAUUGAUCCAGAAUUGCAAAAAAGUCUCUCCAGUGUCGUUUCGAAUUUCCAUGCACCUGUGAAGUAUGCUUUUGGUUAUGGGUCCGGGGUUUUUGAGCAAUCUGGAUACUCUAGCUCACAAGAGCGGCCACAAAUUGAUAUGAUAUUUGGGGUGUCGCAUCCUGAUCAUUUUCAUUCCCUUAACAUGAGACAAAACCCCCAUCAUUACUCGUCGUUACGUUAUUUUGGAUCAAAAGUUGUUUCUCGAUUUCAAGAAGUUGGUGCUGGAGUGUACUUCAAUCCCUUCGUUGAGAUAAAUGGGCAAGUAGUCAAAUAUGGCGUUGUGUCAAUGGACACUCUUUUGAAAGACCUAGCAACAUGGAACUCUUUCUAUUUGGCGGGCAGGCUACAGAAACCUGUUAAGGUCUUAAAGAACGACUUAUCGGUCCAGUAUUGGAACCAGCUCAAUCUCAAAGCCGCUGCAACAUUGGCUAAUCAUCUCAUAACAAAAAACAAAAAGAAUGGUAAUGAUUCACUGGAUGAAUUCCAAUUUUACAAACAGAUAACUGCUUUGAGUUACGCGGGGGACGUGAGAUAUAAUCUCGGGGGCGAGAAUCCCAAUAAGAUCAAUAAUAUUGUGGAGAAGAACUUUAGUCACUUUCAGGACUAUUACAAACCAAUCUACAAAGAUGUUAUAAUGAACAAUUCUCAUUAUUUGCCGCAAGGCUUCACACUUGAAAACUCCAUAAAGCUUUUGGAAAAAAGAAUAUUUCGCACUAGUACUGUGCAGACUGUGAAAGGGAUUUUCACAGCUGGGAUCACCAAGUCGCUACGCUAUGCAUGGGCAAAAAGAUUGAAAGCCAUGAAACGGUCCAAGUGA